CUUCCUGACUCUUUCUAACCACAUUCUCUAUCCAUUUGUAUCCUACAAGCCUCUCUCUCUCUCUCUCUCUCUCUCUCUCUCUCUCAAUCUCAAGUAGCUAAAGAGAGAAAAUCAGGAUCCUUCCACCAACAAAAGGAAAAGGAGAAAAAUAAGAAAGGAUUGAUUUUAGGGUUUCCAGAUUCAUACGAUCAAUUUCCACACAAAGACUGUGUUUGGAUCAAGCCUUUUUUAGGUGCAGGUGGGAAGUAUGGGCAGGGUUAAGCUCCAGAUUAAAAAAAUCGAGAACAGUACCAAUCGGCAAGUCACUUUCUCGAAAAGGAGAAAUGGGUUGAUCAAAAAGGCCUACGAGCUCUCCAUCCUUUGUGAUAUUGAUAUUGCCCUCAUCAUGUUCUCGCCGUCCGGCCGGCUCAGUCAUUUCUCCGGGAAGAAAAGAAUUGAAGAUGUCUUGGCUCGUUAUCUUAGCUUGCCGGAACAAGAGAGAGGAGGGACAAUUAAGAAUCCGGAGUUCGUAAUGAGGGCAAUCAAAAAAUUGAGGUGUGAGAGCGAUCUUACUUCUCAUCUAACAAGUCCAGGAGGUGCCAAUACGAACGUAGAGGAGCUGCAACAAGAAAUCGCUAGAUAUCAACACCAAAUUCAUAGUGCUGAAAGGAGACUAAGAUACUUUGAGCCGGACGCUUCAGAAAUAACAUCAUUGGCCGAGUUGGAAUGCUACGAGAAAUUUCUUCUGGAUUUGACUGCUCAUUGUUCACAACGAAUGAUGUAUUUGGAGGCGCAGGAGGGGAUGCAGACCUCCUACGAGAGCCAACCUUCGGAUAGUUGGUUGCACCAGAGCACUCAAGUCCCCGUUCAAUCUUUUCUGGGAUCAGAUCACCACUUGAUGUCCUUAACGGAUCAUGCGCAGGGCUUGCCGGAGCACCUGGUGCAGACGUCCAUCUACGAUGCAUUCUCUCAUGCAGGGUUGGUGCCAUCCAUGGAGCACCACCACAUGGGGGGCGACUGCCCUCCUCCUCCGGCCCACCUCUCCAUGAAAUGCGACAGCGCGCAGCUGGAGAGCAGCACCUGCAGCUCCAUCUUCCCCGACAUCAACCGUUCCUUACCGCCUGCGGUCAGUUGGCAGCCACCCUACCCGUCGCCCGAUCAGCUCAUCUCCUCUCUGGUGCCCACCUCCUUCCCUCUCAUGCAGCAGCACGGGAUGGGAGAGCAGGAGGUGCAGGGAGUUAUGCCACAGCACCAGCAGGAUGAGGCGACAACUGGUCUCUCCAGCCUACCGGGCACCGCCGAUGAUGCCACCUACAGCAACCGCGUGGCAGAUUUGAACAUGGAGUGACGUUAUUGUACCUUUCCGUUCUAUUCCCUUUUUUUUUCCCCAAUUCUCUCACAGAUCGUUGUAUACUCUUCAAGGAGAAAAAAAAUUAGUUCCUUCAUAUAAUUAGGGAAGUUAGAGAAAUAGAGGAUGAUAUGAAAUUAAUGUCCAAUAUAUAAUACAUACA